UGUCAGGCGUCUGACGGCGGGCAGGACGCGCCCAGUUUGUUGCUGCUUCCACUGAGACGCGGCUGCCUGACUAGCGGGGCGCGGGCGUCGUCGGUCGGCGUCGUCAGCGGCGGCGGCUCCAGGGGCUGCUCGGCGGUGGGGACUGCGUGGCGGCCUCGGGCCGCGACGACGGCUCCGGCCAUGGACGAGCAGGCGGGGCCCGGGGUCUUCUUCAGCAACAACAACAACAACAACGCGCUGCUGCUGCCGCCGCCUCCGGGCGGGGCCGGGCAGGGGCUGGAGCCGGGGGAGGCGGCAGCGGCGGCGGCUGCAGCCGUAGCGGCGGCGGCCGGAGGCUCCUCGGCGGUCCCGGCUCCGGCCUCUGCGGCGCGGGCUCAGUACAGCGUCCCGGGCAUCCUGCACUUCCUGCAGCACGAGUGGGGCCGCUUCGAGGCCGAGAGAGCCGAGUGGGAGGCGGAGCGGGCGGAGCUGCAGGCCCAAAUUGCCUUUCUUCAAGGGGAAAGAAAAGGUCAAGAGAAUUUGAAGAAGGACCUAGUGAGGAGAAUAAAAAUGCUGGAAUAUGCUCUUAAACAGGAAAGAGCUAAAUACCACAAGUUAAAAUAUGGCACAGAGCUGAAUCAGGGAGACAUGAAGCCUCCAAACUAUGAUUCAGAUGAAGGGAAUGAAACUGAAGUUCAGUCACAGCCAACUAGUCAGUUAAUAUGGAAACAAGGACGGCAGCUGCUCAGACAAUAUCUGCAAGAGGUGGGAUACACUGACACCAUACUGGAUGUGAAGUCAAAGCGGGUACGAACUUUACUGGGUCUCUCAGGUGAUGGUCCAGACAGGGAAAACGACAAAAACCAAGAAUCAAUGGUGAAUGGCACAGAUGCUGAGAUUAAAGAAAAGGUGAUGAUUGGGAAACCAGAUUUGACAGACUCUGCUUCGCUGCUAGAGACAUUUAAAUUCCUUGAAAAUGCUGCAGCAGAAUUUAGUGAUGAGGACGAAGAUGAUGAUAUUGAUGGAAGAGAGAGAACAAUCAUGGACACUUCAACGAUUGUGAGGAAAAGGGUGAUAUCAGAUAGCAGUGAAGACAGAGAUACUGAAGAGGCCUUGAAGGAGUUUGAUUUCUUGGCUACAUCCGAUGAAGGAGAUGGAGAGUCAAGAAGUUCAGGAGACGGCACAGACUGGGAAAAGGAAGACCAGUGUCUCAUGCCUGAAGCCUGGAAUGUGGACCAGGGAGUAAUAACCAAACUGAAGGAACAAUACAAAAAGGAGCGCAAGGGGAAAAAGGGGGUGAAGAGAAAAACUACCGAAGAUAUGUUUCAGCCUCAGUCCUAUAUAAAACAGUCAAAACAGGGAUGUGGGAAAAUGAUGGAGCAAAAUGCAGGGCCCAACAGGUCAAAACUACAAGAUAUGCUUGCUAACUUGAGAGAUGUUGAUGAUCUGCCUGGAUUACAACAGUCAGCCAUGUCUCUCACCAGAUCCAGUACUUCACGGCUUAUUGAACAAGAAAUCAAUAGAACAGAUGAAGUGGAAGCUUUAACAUUCCCUCCUUCAUCUGGAAAGUCUUUCAUUAUGGGAGCAGAUGAGGCCCUUGAAAAUGAGCUUGGUCUUGGGGAAUUGGCAGGCCUUACAGUAGCCAAUGAGGCAGAUUCUCUGACGUACGAUAUAGCAAACAAUAAAGAUGCACUGAGGAAGACCUGGAACCCCAAAUUCACCUUAAGGAGUCAUUUUGAUGGAAUAAGAGGUCUUGCUUUCCAUCCAGUUGAACCUGUGUUAGUUACGGCAUCUGAAGACCGUACAUUAAAAAUGUGGAAUUUACAGAAAACAUCUCCAGCAAAAAAGAGUGCCUCUCUUGAUGUUGAACCUAUCUACACUUUCAGGGCACACAACAGUCCUGUGCUUUGUGUGGUGAUGAGUAAUACUGGUGAGCAGUGUUAUAGCGGGGGAACAGAUGGCCUCAUUCAGGGCUGGAAUACUACAAACCCAAAUAUUGACCCUUAUGAUUCCUAUGAUCCUUCAGUCUUAAGAGGUGCAUUUGUAGGCCACACGGAUGCAGUGUGGGGCUUGGUUUACAGUGGAGCACACCAGCACUUGCUCUCCUGUUCAGCAGAUGGCACUAUCCGUUUAUGGAAAGCUUUGGAGAUCUCUCCAGCUCUGAGCAUAUUUAAUGAUAAUCAAGAGAUGGGGAUUCCAUCCUCUGUGGACAUUGUGAGCAGUGACCCAAGCCACAUGGUAGCAUCCUUUAAUAGUGGCCACACAAGCAUAUAUAAUAUGGAAACAAGACAACGCAUCCUUACCUUGGAGUCCAAUGCAGAUACUACUGUCACCUCUUCUUGCCAAAUAAACAAAGUAAUCAGCCAUCCAACUCUUCCAAUUAGUAUCACAGCCCAUGAGGAUAGACACAUCAAAUUCUAUGACAAUAACACAGGAAAAUUGAUCCAUUCCAUGGUGGCCCACUUGGAUGCAGUCACAAGUCUCGCUGUUGAUCCUAAUGGCUUGUACUUGAUGUCCGGCAGCCACGACUGUUCAAUACGCUUAUGGAACCUUGAAAGCAAGACCUGCAUUCAGGAGUUUACGGCUCAUCGCAAGAAACACGACGAAUCCAUUCAUGAUGUAGCAUUCCAUCCCACGAAAUGUUAUAUCGCCAGUGCUGGAGCAGAUGCGCUUGCUAAAGUCUUUGUAUGACGCAAUAUUUCUCUUCCUCUCUAGCUGCCGUGUGUGUAUAUAUAUACAUAUAUACAACAAGCUGUACAAAUGACAUGGGCAAGAGCCUCCUCUUCAUGCCCUUUAAUUCAGUGAAUGUUAGCAAAUGGUCUAGGGUUAUUUUUCUUUUCUUUCAGGGUGCUCUUUUCUAAAUUAGGGGGUUCCUUGGCUUAUAUGAGCUCAGCUAGUGCUGAGAACUGGGAAACCCUCUGUUUCAAAUGGUCCAUACAGAAGAACCGUUUUUAUUUUUGAAGGUGUCAGUAUUUGUCCAGGCCGGCCUUGGGCAAAAUGAGAUCCUCUGUAGACAAUAUGUGCAGUCCAGUGUGGGCAAUAAGGAAGCAGAAAACUCAAUUUCUGCAGGGUGUGGGUAGAUAUAAACUUUUCUGCCUGUUUUUCCCCCUUACCCAUAUAUUUCUGUAAAAUAAGCCUGAAUUUGAUGAUGUAACUCUUAGAAAUAUCAUAUAAAUAUUAUUUCUUCUCAUUUUCUUUUCUUUUUACGUAUUGUGCGGUUGAAUGGUGUACAGGAGAAUAAGGCUCGAUUUGUCUCAGCCUGCUGGCUGUUACGUUAGGUGGAUUGGGUUUAAACAUCAAAUAUUUAAGAACAUUAAUGCAGUUUCCCUAAAUUGUAUUAAAGCAGAUAUUAACAAAUGCUUUAAAAUGUAUGUUUUAUUUUAAGCCUUUGAAAGAAUUUGUUAGCAAGUGACUGGCACCACAGUUUACAACAGGGAUGAGGCAUACCGGUAAUUCAGAUGUUGAUAACUCUUCCAUUCAUAGUUGAGCUCAAUAAACUUAUGAAACUCUUCCCUUUUCAGUAAACAAUAAAUGAUAUCUGUGUAGGCUUUAAUAGCCUUACGGUUGAAAUGCAUGUUAAUGGCAUCCUAAUAAUUUUCAUUAUCUUGAAUAAACCUGCUUGGAUACCCCUCCCCUCUCCAAAUCUUACUCACACACUCAUGCAUAGAAGUGACCUCUCUGUGAUUCAGUCUUUGGCUGCUAAGAAUAGUGUGUGUAUAUAUAUCUAGUGUGAGAGUUAUUUAAUCAACCAUGUGGGUGGGGCCUGUGUCGAGAUUUUCUGCUUGGUACUGACCCUUGUAAUAGGGUGGUGAUUGGCAGGAAAAGGGUGUAGAGUUGGCCAACGUGGUUGCCAAAUUCACAAACUCCACAGCAGCAGGAAGCUGUUUUCAUGGUGUGUGUGUGUGUGUGUGUGUGUGUGUGUGUGUGUGUGUAGCAGCCUUCACCAAUUUGGUGCCCUCCAGAUAUUUGAACUACAAUUCCCAACUGCCCCAGCUGACACAAUGGGUUGGAAUUGGUUUUUGGUGAAAUUUGGAAUUCAUAAAAAUAUGCCUUCAAUAUUUUUUAAAAAAAUAACUACUUAAGCUACACCAAUCCAGAAAAGAAAUCAUUUAUUCUCCGUCAUUACAUUACCAGCCUUAGGUUUGAACAUGUUUUCUGCAUUUGGUACUAAAAAUAUGUGGCAUACCUAUUGGUAGAUGUUUCCACUCUUGCAGAUUCUGAUGUGCAACAUGGAAUCAAAUGAAAUAAAAAAAAAUCAAAUGGAAUCAAAAAAAUUACCAAUAUAUCUCAAAAUGUUCAGCUUUCCUUAAACCCCAAUUUUUAGUCAAAGCAGAAAGACCAUCUGCAUCAAACAUACAGUACUUAUCUAUAUGUGACUUCUGUGUAUGUAUCCCUUCUCUCUGUGAUCUUAUUUUUAAAAGGAUAUUGCAAAGAUUUAUUUAGAAAAACAAAUACAUAAAGUUGUGUAUAUUGUGUGUGUACAUAUAUAUAUAUAUAUAUAUAUAUAUAUAUAUAUAGAUAUAUAUAUAUAGAAAGAGAAAUUGUAAACAGUAUGUAUUAAAUGUGUCUUAAGGGAAGAUUCUAUGGGUAAUUUUAAUGUUUUAGUAUUAAAAAUUCUCCAGACUUUGUUUCGUACAAAGGAUAAAAGGUAUGGUUAUUGUGCUUUUUGCUUAAGCAAUAUAAUACGUAGUUGCUGAUGUUUAAAUUGCUGUACAUACAACUAAUAGACCAGCAUGCUUGUUUUGGAGACUCCCAUUUUGAUUAAAUUAUGAAUGUAAGAAAAAAGUUGCUAUUCAAAUGUGGAUUGGAAGUUGUUCAGUCCUGCUUAGUGAGUUCCUGAUCCAAGCGAAGCGACUUUAAAAAUAGGCAAAUAGCUAGAGGCUGAGGUGCCUUUUGACAAAAAAUGUAGCCUUACCACGAGGUUUGUGGACUCUGUAUAUUUGUGUUCUUCUCUAGACUCUGUUAGUGUCUGUCAGUCUUCUCUGCUUGUGUACUAUAGACUGCAUUGUACUGUGCACAAAUAUAACUUCUUCAAAAUGCUAUCUUCAGUUAGAGAUGAAAAAGACCCUUUCUAACCUUGACUGACCUGUUCUGUUUACCUGCAAGUAUUGGGUUGCACUACCAUUGUGGAUUUAUAAGCAUUUGGUUAACCUCCAGACCACAUUCUUUCCUUUCCCCUUUUGCCUUUACAUGACCCUAUUGCAGCUGGCCGAGUGAGCUGCCUUCAUUCGAAUGUUAAGAUCAUGUCCAGAGAUAUCAAAGUUCUGCCUGUGGGUUUGAUCUCUGAUUGUACAUAUGCCUGUUAUCUGAUGCUGCGAUUGUUGAGCGGUGAACCUGCAUGCAUGAGCUUAAUUCUAGAAGAAACUUGUGAACCAGCAAUGCACAGGUACCUUCUCUGAUUUGUUACAAGAACACACCAUAGCAUAACUUCCCCUCCCUUUCCUCCUUCCUUUGUAAACAAGAGGAGGAUAUGAGAAACACUGGUUUGUUCAAAACAUGGAUGCAAGCCACAGUUGGAUGAAACAGUUUGUUAUAAACCACAAACGGGUGCUUAAAAUGUUCCCACACAUGUGGGUGGGAGGGAAACAGUGCUUCAUCCCAAGAGACUACAGCUCCCAUCAUCCCUGACCAUUGGCUAUAUAGUGGCGGGAAUUGUUGGGAGUCAGGAGUUCAACAACAUCUGGAAGGCCAAUAGUUGGCCACCCCUGAUUUAGAUACGGUGAAAAAUGUAGGAAAAUGCUGAAGUUUAAAAACAUAAGAAGCACUGCACACAGACAGAAAAGGUAUGUGGUAUAGUCCUUCUGGUCAUGUAUCUUUUCAUAAUGCAAGUAGGAAAUGGAAUAUUUCAUUGUUACCCCACAUAAAGAAACCCUGCAUGUAGAAAUAUUCAAGAAUAAGGCUGGGCUACAACUCUUCUUGAGACCUAGAUUUUCCACAGGCAGGGUUCUUGGUGUGCAGAGCUUUCCUCACUGACAUUCUGAAUGGGCACAUAUCUCUGUCACAAAGCCCCAGAUUCAAUAAUCUGAAGAAUCUGGACUGGGAAAGUCACCAGAGAGCUGCUACCAGUUAUUAUCGGCAGACUCGGUAUAAGGCAGCUUCAAAUGAAGUGUAAAGGGUCCAGGAAGGUUGUACCAGAUGCUGCUCUUAGGCUUUGAUUGACCUUAAGAUCUUUAACCAAAGCAGAGCUACUUAAAUAAUAAUCUCUCCAGUUUCUCAAUUAGGAUAUCCUCAUAUUGAAUUCUCUGUAUGGAAGCCUCGGACUUACUUUAAUUUAUACAGACACGAUGUAUUUAUCUACCGUAAUUCAGAUGCAUAGUUACGAAUGACUUUGAAGUCAAAUGCAUUAAAGAUUGAACAGCUUAACUUCAUAGGUGCUUUAUUAAGACAAAUCUUACAUUGUUUACUUUUAGAGCAGGCAUCCCCAAACUGCGGCCCUCCAGAUGUUUUGGCCUACAACUCCCAUGAUCCCUAGCUAACAGGACCAGUGGUCAGGGAUGAUGGGAAUUGUAGUCCAAAACAUCUGGAGGGCCAAAGUUUGGGGGUGCCUGUUUUAGAGCCUAAGCACCUUUUUUGAACCCUUGCUUAGAAUCUGCAUCGCAAUGAAUUUGACAGGUUGUGAGCUUAGAACAGAGUUAUGGCAUGCUCCCUGGCCAUGGGAACUCUCCCCAGCUCUCGCUCUUCCUGCUUUGCCUAGCAGGAAUAUGUGCUUGAACUCUGAUAACGCCUCUUUCUUUUCUGGAUGCAGGAUGUAGAGGAGGGUGAGGCAAAAUUACCUUUGAUGAAAUUUACCUUUGUUGCUCCUUCCACUUUUUAUCUCCUGGCCCUGCACACCACUUGCAUGUUGCUCGGAAGGGCUGCAAAAGUUCCCCCACCCCUGGCACGGAAUAUACUCAAUGGAGUGCACCUCCAGGGGUGAAGGCAAACCGCUGCAUUAGGAGCACUGAAGUGACCUCCCUAGGGCACAAGCCUGGGCUGCCCAGACAACAAGACCCCCCUCGGCAUUGCUGAUAUGGUCCAAAGGAAGACAGAGCAAUACAUUUGGCCUAAGCAGUGAUGAAAAUGUUGGCUAUUUCAGUAGUCUUGGGGGGGGGAGCAGUUUUAAAAAUCAGAAUCUUCUGCAGCAUAGUGAAUACCAUAACAUUUUAAAAGUUCAAUUUCCCCCAAUAAGCUUUUAAUGCAUAGAUUGAUAAAUCCACACUGCAGUUGAUCAGCAGAUAUGCUUUCUGCUGUUCAUGUAUUGGACACACACUGAAGUUUACAUAGAAGUUAAGUGUUUCAUAAUUGUCUUUAGGUUCUGAGUGCAUGAGGUCUGAGAAUUCUAACUUUUUUGCACUCAGUUUGAAUGGAGAGAUCCUAAUUUGAUGUGAGUUCUGCGGCAUAUUUGUCCCAGUACCCAGAAAUGUUACACAGCUUUUUGCCAAGUAAAACACACCAUUGCUUACAUGGAUAACUUAAUGAAAACCAACCAAAUUAUAUAAGGAAUAAUUUGAGGUUUCAGACUGAACCAUUUUUCUUGCUCCUUUUGGAACUGGUAUUCUAAUAUAAGUUGGCUUCUAGGUGGACACCUUCCAAAAUAUUUCCUGCGAUAGUCAGAUGUCCACGAUAAACACAGAUUUUAGUGGUGCAGCAUCUGUGCCAUUUUAUAUAAAGCACAGGACAGCUUUUGAAACCAGACAAAAUAUGCAACAUCUUGUAACUGGGCAGCCCAAAUUAACUCAAAGGGUCUCUUGUACUGUGUUCUUGGCUUUCUGAAACUCUGCAAGCUGAAAACAAAGAUUGACAACAAUAUUCACAGUAAUGUGUGCUGGGCAGAUUUACCAAUAGCAGUUCUUUUGAAGGGAAAGGAAACUAUAUUAGAAUACUUUGUCUUACUGACUAAACACAGUCAGUGCAGAGGUGGGUUAGAUCUGCAUGUUGCUGCAUGCAACUCUGGGUCCAACACAUUUUAUUUUAGUCUGAAAACUUGUGUUAAACUUUGUUGAAUGUCUUGCUAGAUCAUCUCCAUUUAUUUUAAUAGGCUAGUUUGUAUUUCCCCCAUGUUGGCCAGCUGUUUUCUUUUUAUACAUGCCUCCAUGCUAGAUGUUAGCAAAAUUGCUAGGCCACCACUGGCUUUUGUCCUCCUGCAGUGCUUUUUCCUUCUCUUCCAAACACUGAAGAAACUUGAAUUUUAUUUUUACUGUUUGUUCUUUAAACGCUUGUAUUUUAAAGUCCCACUUUCAUCUUUAAAGUAGAGGCUGCUGAUGGUAGCCUGGAAGCGCAAGGUGUGUUCUUCAUUCCUGACAAGGUAAACUAUACCUUGCUUCCAUUGCUUAAAUACAGUUGAACUUAAAUUGGAACCAAUUUUGAAAAGGGAUGUGGAAACGUAACGGAAGUAGGCAUCCUUCUGCACUUGCAUAGUGUUUUGUUUCAUGGGAAUGUUCCAUCUGGUUACUAGGGAUCAUAACAUUUGACGCUUUUAUCAUGUUGGGAAUGGCAGCAAGAUAUGUGUGUAUAUGGGAAUAGCUGAAAUAUGAAUAGGCUACAGAAUGCAUGUGUGGAAUGGAUUAAAUUAGGACCAGUGUGAGGUGUGUACUAUCCAUUUUCUGAUGCAUGAAUGGUCAAUUGCACCACAGAGUAUGGCUGGUUGCUUAGUCUAGUCAAUCUUUCCAAGAACAGUCAUGCUGAACUGUCCUCAUGGUUUCUGUCUUUAUCAUGGGUAAUAAAUUGCAUAUUGUUCAUAGAUCAACCGAGAAUAGUUCUUGUAGUAAAUGAUGGAGGGAUGUUCCUCAAUGAGCAUGUGACAGUACUCUUUGGUUAAAUACAACCAGCCUUUUUGCUUGUAUACAGAAUAGUCAUUUUGGUGAGAAAUAUCUACAGUGCAAUCGUAUGCAUGCAUACUUAGAGGUAAGCCCCACUGCGUUCAAAGGGGUUUACUCCCAAGUCAGUAAAUAUAGGAUUGCUACCUUAGAAUUGAUGUGGAAGUUUUAAAGUUACAAUGUGAUAUAUUGAUUCUUCCAAAUUUUGACCAAAAUAAGUUAUCUAGGGGUGUGAAUCAGUGUUGCCAUUGUUUUCACUGCUUUAGGAAGAUUUAGCAUUAAUGGAGAAAGCAGUGUUCGUAGUACAGUUUAGGCACGAAUUUCUUACCAGAAAAAGACGCUUUGUACUCUAGAGUUGUCGCUUUCCUCUGAGAGACCAUUAUUUCAUCCCCAAAUGUUCAAAAAUCAUUAGCAGCAGAGCAAUGUGUGUUUGAAGAACCAAUUUCAAUAUUUCGCUCUUUUUCUCAAAACCAGAUAAUUUGCAAAAGCAUCAGUCAUACCUGGUUUUGUUUGUUUUUCAGUCUUUUAAUAUUUAACUGCCUUUAAAAGUAAAGAACAGCAAACCAGUUGGUGGAAGAUUUUGAGUAAAUUUGUUCUAGUGGUUGAAAAAGUUGUUCUCAUUAUUAAAGACAAAAAUAACUUCUGUUAAUACCUCACAUAAAUGAGGCAAUGCUGAGGUACUAAUGAAGGCAGUGGCACUGCAGAGAUGCAAAGUGAAUUUCUGUGUACAGUACCUGCAUUCUAUGUUGAGUAAAAUCAAAUGGACCUUCCUGAAGUAACACUAUACAGAGCAGCUUUACUAAAUAUUACCGCAGCAAAUAAAUGUCCUUUGUACUAUGUAUUUAUGUAAAUUGGGUGCUAAUAAAUACUAUUUUUCAACAUCUUUGUGUGUGUUCUAAAUGUAUAUUAUAGUUUAUGGAACCUCUCCGAAAAUACAAGUCAUAGGGUGAAAAAAGCCUCUCUAUAUGUCAUCAUUUGCUUCACAGACUUUAUGAAUUACAUUUUUACUUCAGAAAACUCAGAGGUAGCCAUUUUAGUCCACUGGAAAAGAAAAAAAUCAAAAGCUGUCUUUGAAUUCCUGUUUUUGUUUGUUUUUAUUUUAUUGUUAUGUGGUACACCACUUAGAUUUUUUAAAACAUUAAGCAGUUUAUAAGCACUUUUAAAUUAAAAAACCCUUUUAAUCAUUACCAAACAGAAUAUCUUAAAGUAGUAAGUAUUUGAAUUCUCUAGAACUCUAAGUUGGGUAUUAGGCAGAACAAGGGAGUACUGUAUUAUUAUUAUUAUUUAAAUAAAAUCAAAUAGUUUUUAUUUAUGCAGCAUGCAUUAUGCAGGCUAAAUUAAUUAAGAAUCUGCUAAGUACAGCACAGAUUGCAGUUUGCAUUGAGGGCUGCUGGAUAAGAGAGUCAAAAUGGUGGUUCUCCCUUAAAAAACAAACAUGUUCUGCCUUGUCACAAGAGAAAAUGUGAUGUAAUACAAUAAGUAGACAAUUCCAUUCUCUUGGAAUUAAUUGCUAAAACGGAAAAUCCUGGUGUUUGUAACUUGCCUGACCCAUCAACAAAUACUGAUAGCAUAUAGGAAAAAACUAUAAAAAAAACUAAAAAUAAAAUAAAAUAAAAUAAAAAGGAAUGUCUUGGGUUGCUCUAUAUUGCACUUUAAUACUGAAGUGAAUAGGAGAUUUCACACUGAUUAUGAAGUGCAAAUAAUUUCUAUGUUGUUUCCCCCCAAAAAACAAAACUAUGUAGAGCCCUGUGUGUUUCUCCCCUUAUAGCAUGAGGUAUGUGAAGCCAAGAUGGUCCUGUCCCUGCCAAUUAUUUGUAGGGAUAAACUUACAAAGGAAGGAAGAAAAGUGUUUAAGGUCUCUCUGUUUCCUGCUGCAUUUUAGUGUCUGUGAAACUUACAAUCACUCCUAUAGCCCUCUUUGGUUCUCCAUGAAUGCCAAUGCGUGUAGCUUGUAUGAGUUCAGCCUCUUAGGUCUAAAAGUGUGUUGAUUAUAGAAGGGAGUUUACUUAGGAUGACCCUAAUUCUUGUACACUUGGUUAACCCUUGCUAGCAUAUCAUGAUUUUUCUGGCAGCUGAAGGGCUCUGUCCGUCUUUGUGUUGGAAGUGAUAUGAGGAAAUUUGCAAGUUUUGUCGGUGGCACACUCAUAGGCUCAGGUGAGUGGAUAAUGUUGCUGUCUUGCAUGUGAGCUAGCUUAUCAGGGUGAUCAUUUAAGACCCCAUCAGUGUAAGGAUUUCCUCUUGUGCAACACAACUCCCCUCUCUCCUCUCCUGCCCCACUUGUGCCCCACGUCUCCAGAGGGUUGGGGGAAUCCCUAGAACGAGGGGGGGAGGGGAUGCUACAUUGCACAAGCAGAAAUCUUUAUGCUGACAGAACUUUCAUAUAGCAUGGAGGCAUAAUGGAGCAUGGAGGCAUAAUGCUGGAGGCAACAUAUAGUUUCAGUGGUGCACAGUAUUUAAUUUGGGGGAGCGGGAAUGACUUGGGCUCAAUUCACCCAUCUAGAAAUAGCACUUUGGAAGCCCUUUCCCUAACGCUUCAUGCAUGUGGACCAUAGGUACUGCAAGUAAAUAAAGUACUGCUGAGAGUAAACACAUUUGAAGGCACUUUCAUACACUGCACCAGGUUAAGGCCCAUGAAAACAUGUUGGGGUUGAAUCCUGGCACACAAGUAAGCUUGAGAAUAUGCUAUUGGAACGCAGUCUCUAAACUCAGUGCAGGCUUGUUCAGCCAUUACUUUAAUCCCACUGUAAAACUUUCAGCACUAAUGCAAUGUAGAAUAAUUCUGUAGUUGGAAUUAUAACACAAGCUAUUUAAGAAUGGACCAGUCUGGAUGUUUGAGGAGGGUCCAAGCUUGGAGUGGAACACAUGCUUGGCUUACUGAAAGUCUCCCUCCCAUUUAGGAUUUUCAGUA